GCUGAUGGCGAUAGCAGCGUCUACAAAAAAAUUUUAGACUGCGACCCAUAUAAAAAUAUGAUUCGUGUAAAGAAAAUUGAAUGCACGAAUCACUUGUUGCGCAACUUCGGCAAUAAGUUAAAAGAAGUUGCGAAGAAGACUCCGCCGGGCUGUUAUAGACAAGCCAUCGAAAAUAAUAUUCGACGGAUGCGUAUGGGAAUUGCAAAAGCUGCAGAAUAUAGAUUUAAUGAACAUACUUCGAUAUUACAGAGACAACAAAAAUUAUACGAAGAUAUUAUGAAUGUGUUUGGAGAACAUAAACACUGCAAAAGAAUUGGAUAUUUCUGCAACGGAACGAUGAAGGAGAAUGAACAAAACAUCGUCCCACAUUUAUUAAACCUGGGAGUUUACCAAAAAAUACAAGAUAUUCUUCGAUCGUUGGCGGCACACGCAGAAAGCUUACUGUACCGAACCAAUAGUAAUACGGUAGAAUGUUUUAAUGCCAUCAUUGCGAAAUAUAUUUGCGGAAAACGCAUUAAUUUUGGCCAAAGAGGAUCAUACACGGGAAGAUGUGCCAAUGCUGUAAUUCAGUACAACAUUAAAGAAGUGUUGUCUCGAUUACAGAGAUCGUGUGGAAAAGAGCCGCCACAGUUGUUACUAGAUCUAGAGAAUUCGAAGAAGAAGAAAAAAUUGACAAAUGCCAAAAAAGAAAAGAAGAGCGAGACCAAAAAGAAAAAUUUCCAUGCAAGUAAAGAUAAAGAUUACGGACUAAAUGCACAGAAGCCAGACAUGGAUGAAUUUAUGUUCGAUCUCCAGAAAGAGAAACAUCUGGAGAUGCUGAACGAAUGGCAAAAUCAAAAAGAAAAAAGUGAGCAGGAAACCAUAGAACAAUGCAAAAGCAGGAAAUGGUUGGCUCACAAGUCAAAACUUUUGACAGCGUCCAACUUUGGUAAAGUUUGCCGCCGACGCAAAGAUACACCGUGUGUCAAGAUGGUACAGUCGCUGUUAUAUCCACGUGUAUUGAACGUUCCUGCCGUAGAAUACGGACGGGAGAAUGAAGAAAUUGCUCGGGGAGAAUUGUCGAGAUAGAAAAACAUUGAAAUAAAAAAAUGUGGUCUUUUCAUCGACGCAUUGAUACCUUAUUUGGAAGCAUCGCCGGAUGGCGUUAUCGGUGAAGACGGCAUUGUGGAAAUAAAAUGCCCGAAAUCCGCAGAAGAUGUUACUCCAGAAGAGGCAAUAACAACAAACAAGUCUGUGAAGGCCAUAUUUACCGACAGUACAGGCAGCGCAUUGCGCAAAACACACCCGUACUUCUACCAAGUCCAAGGACAAUUGCACAUAACGGGUAGAAAAUACUGCCUGUUUUGUCUACGGACCAAAAAAGGAAUUAUGUCCAUUCGUGUUGACAAGGAUGACGAUUUUUGGAAUCGAGAAAUGGAACCAAAAUUAACACAAUUUUACCUGAAUUGUAUGCUGCCAGAAAUAGUUUACAGCAGAUAUAACAGAGGCAUGUCAAUACGGGAGCCUCAGAAUAUCAAAAAGUGAAUGUAAGUAAGAAAAAAAAGUUUAAUAUUAUAAAGUGGCGAUCCAAACGCUAACCGACGUCGAGCUGCACAUUUUCAGAUAAGUACGCAGACUCGCUGAUUCUAUCAGCGAAUGAAUAUAACAUUAAAAUAUUAUAUUAAAGUUGCAACUUUCCGACGUCGAGCUGCACACUUUCAAAUAAGUGUGCAGAUUCGUUGAUUCCAUCAGCGAUUAAUAUGUUACUAAAAUUUAAAUUAUCCGACGUCGAGCUGCACGCUUUGAAAUAAAUGUACAGGCUCGCUGAUUUUAUCAGCGAAUGAAUAGAAUAUUAAAAUAUUAUAUUAAAGUUUGCAAUUUUCCGACGUCGAGUGCACUUAAAGAAGUGCAACCCAGCUGACUCAAUCAGCUGGUGACACAGUGGAGUAGACCUACAGGGUAUACCACUGACAAAAAAAACGCAUCAACAAUAGUACCUCAAGGGUGAUGUAGAAAUCUAUUUAUUCGCGUGUCACCUUACCUUUUAUAUUUUCAGAUUAUAUUAAUUUUCUUUUUUGUUAUGUUGUAGUGUUACGUGCGACAUUUUCAAUUUUUAUUUUUCUUGAUUUCGUCGGCAGGAAUGUAUUUGAGAUGGUUUACCAUCCCGAAUUCGUUCUAAUCGAACACAAACCUAGCCUUUGACGGUAGUUUAUUAAAUUCAUUCUUGAACAAAGAUACACAUUCUGCUGGCAGCACCGCACCUUGUACAAAAACUUUGCAAAUAUGUUCAAUUUGUUUAAUAUUUUAAUAGGUUUAGUAUUGUAAAUAUGUUAAGUGUGUUGCUUGUUACGAAUGAAAGGCGUUAAAUCAUGUACUGUAACAGCGGCGUGUACGUGUAUAAUUGUUGGAAAGAUAAGCACAUCGAAUAUUACCAUCGCGUUCAAAUAUCACGGUUACAGAUAUCAUUGAAAGAAGGACAUGUAAAUAUCGCGCAUUUAGGUUAAACCUUUAUAUUGCUAUUUCUUCUUCAUGUACGCUCUGAAUACCGAACCCGUAACUCGAAUAGCAGCGCGAUUCGUCCGCGCGCACGCUAGGACGAAUCGAGCGGUUUGGUGGGCGCGAGGCGCGAGACGCUGUACAACUCGUAAACACCAAAUUCUUGCGUGUACCAAGUCGCGAAAUCUCGAAGACUUUUUCUAUAAACUGGCGACGAUCACGUGGUUCUAAGAUCCUUUGUCUCCAAAGCUUCUAGAACGUUCCACCGAGUUUACGUGGUCGAGCAAGGCACGAGCCUUCUUACUUCUCAUCGUACAGUCGCGCGAGCGUGAUAGUAGUCCGAGCGAAUAGUUUAGAGCAGAGUUGCCGUAUUAAAGUAAAUUCAUUUUGUGAAAAGGCGAUUCGAACAACGCACAUAAUCGAGGCCAGCGUUUUUCUCGACUUAUAUUGUAAAGAAAUUUAGUGAAUGAGCAGCCUGGAGGAAGUUACAUACGGUCUUGAUAGAUUGACCUUCAGGGAUACUUACAUAAUAGGACAAUAUGGGGUGUCAUAUAUUGCCACACUACUGGGUAUGCCGCAGCCCACGUCGCCACCACCAAUCUUUGCGCGGCCCCAACGCGAGAAUGUGGUACGUUUAAAAAUAAUCGUUAACCAAAAUUAUGUCAAUAAUUUUUUAUUAGUACUUAAAAUUAAUAUAUUUCGUUAUACUAAUUUCAAAGUAACAGGCCGCGGCGGAGAAAAUAGUAGUAAGACCACCUGCGAAUCAACGAGGGCCACGGAUAAUCAAAAAUGUCUAUAUUACACAAAAUUUUAAAAAAAAUAAACUAAAAUUAUCAAGUGUAUAUUACCUUAAUUUGUAUUUCUCAUAUACACCCUAGUCCAGAAGUUCCCCAACUUUUUAGAUCCGCAGCUUCCUUAGUAUACAGAUUACACUGACCAACAAAUUUAAACUUUUUUUAAAUUCCGCGAUAUCCAGUAGGUGAUUCUUAUAGGGUUCCACUUCCUAAAUACAAAUCUGAAAGUGAAAUUGCUUCAUCACCCUUAGUUUUCGAGAAAUUCGAGAUUUUGUAAAUACGUUUCCUACUUUUUCCGCAACUGUCGCUGAAGUCAACUCGGAGUUUGACUCUGGGUCCUGCGCACCCUUCACGUUUUAAACUUUAGACUAGAGUGUAUAUGGGAAACACAAAUUAAUGUAAUAUACACUUGAUACUUUUAACAAUAUUUUAUUUUUUUCUAUUAACAAUUUUGAGUUAUGCACACGUAUUUAUUUACAGGCUGCUGCCGUCUCUCUCUUCGUGGUCACGGCUGCGACUGUCUUUUUUGCGUUGCUGGAGACCGCAUCGACAAUUUUUUCUUCGAAUACGCCGCUUGGGUUUGUUGGAGAAAUAGUUUCAGAGGUUGGUGUUGCUUCUAUUAGCAAAGGUGGCAACAUUGAAACAAAAGAAUGUGUGCGAGUGUGAAUGUAUCCGGGGCAGACCCUGUAUGAAUGUUGGAGCGAACGAACGUGUAUUUUUGGUUAAGAUUAAAAACUGUAAAACGUGAUUUGAGAACCCAUUUCGUAUCAAAGAACAUCGUGCAUAAUAAUUGCAGACACCGAAUGCAAUUUCAGUUUAUCAAAUUAAUUACAAAGCAGAAUAUAUUGUCUUUAUAUUAUUUUCAACGAAAGCUAAAUAACUGCGCACGUUUUUAUUUUCUUUCCUCGCUAAACCUCGACAGGGUUGUUCUUCGGUGCU